CUUUUAUUAAUUCUUUUUUUAUUUAUUGUUGCAUCUCUAAAAAAUGACUGAAUCUAUUCAAUUCUAUGACCAAGAAGAUAUUUAUCCCAAUAUCUUUUUGAAUACUUUCCAGGAGAAAGUAAGCAAAAGAUUAUCAUUCUCUAAAUUACUGCAAAAAAAGCCAACGAUCAUGGGUCGAAAGCUCAGUAUUUUUUCUCGUCAAAAAAAGCCUGAAUUGAAAUUGGUGAUCCCAAUGACACUUGAAAGAAAAGAAACAAACUCAACACUCGCUAGCAGCACAGAUGAUGAAUUGAUAACGACGCCUACAAGUGAAUCAUUCAGUCUAUCUUCAACACAACUUCAGACAGCUGUAACAACCCCUUCUUCAAAAAGUCUAAUCGAUUACUCGGGUCAGGGAUACUCUAACUUUUAUAUCAAAUUGCCUAAUGGAAACUGGAUGGUGAGAAUUAGAGAUAGCCAAAGGAAGAUUGUUGGUACAUUCGAGAUUGAUGGAUCCAUGAUUUAAACCCUGUAUUUCUAUGUAAAUAACACUGUUACUCUAAAUGCAUCUAUACAUACAUACAUAUACCCCCCUCUUUCUCUCUCUUAUCAUAUUCCACUCCCUUACACAAAAAGAAAAAAAAAACUUCCUAAUAUAUUCACAUCUCCUUUGUACAUUCUUCUUCAUUCUCCUUUGACCUUUAUUCUUAUGCCUUUAAACAUCAUCCUUUUUAUUUUAUGUAUUUCAUUAUUAUAAAUAAAUUACCAUAGAAAUUUCUAAAUGUCUUACUUUUCAAUGAU